CCUUCCCUAGAGAUGGACGACUACCGUUUUGACAGGGUUCAUCUCAAGUGGCUACCAAAGCUCAUGAUGCUCACCCUUGACAUGUGGAUCUCUCAACAAGAUCCCUUGUCUUUCGGUUAUGUUCCACUCCUCAGGAGUCUGAGCCUUAUUAACACCGGCCUUUCCUGGCACAAGAUGCUUAAGCUGAGUGAUUUCCUUGGCAAUGUCACGAUCAGUUCUCUACAAUUGAACUUCAAGAGCGAAAAGAUCUGGGUUCUACCAGAAGGUCCAAAAGAAUUGUUACCUGUGUUCCGCAAACUAAGACUUGUGGAUCUGGUCAAUAUCUCUGAAGAAUGUGAUCUGAAUUGGACGAUGUUCAUUCUCCAAGGUGCACCCUUCCUUGAGGAGCUGCGCAUCACUGUUCGGGAUCAUUUCUGUGAAAUGUUGGUGGAUGAGGAGCUUAGGGCACAAUACGCAUAUAGUACAGAGAAGAAGGUGUAGAUCGGGAAGGAGCCACAUCUGAUUUCAAGCACCACAAGCUAGCUGUGCUCAAAGUCUUCGGGUUUCGACCAGAAGACAAGUUCGUGAUGCAUGCCAGAAGUGUCAUCAAAGCAGCAGUGAAUCUAGAGGAUAUAUUUCUGUUUAACAGGUUGGUGUGCGAGAUGUGCAAGCAUGAUUUUCCAAGGGCAUCCAGAUCUCCAUGGCCAAAGAAGCAGAGGUUUUCACCAGUGGGACCAACUCGUUUGCUGUGAUUCACUUCCCGAGUUUAAGCAGCAAUUAGUGCGGUAGAAAGUCUUAUUUUGGUUUGUGGAUCAAGUUUUAGAGCAGCCAUCAGUAACUCUCUUUUAGGUAAUGCAUUUUGCCAUCUGAAAAAAAUAAUAAUUGCAAUGUGUCUUGACCCUUGGCUGCCAAGCUUGGUUGUUUGAGAUGGGGUGUAAUUUGUACAAAUUAUCAGACUUAUUUAAUUGGUACUGUUUGGAUUCAAGAA